AUGACGUCCCGCGAAGAAACCGUCCUUGCUCCCACCGAUGCCUCCAUCACCGAUGAGAACGAUUGGUGGGAGUUCAGCCUGACUGAGGUCAAGGUGUUGAAGCCCGGGAAGAAGCACUAUGCGAGCCUACUCGAGUGCUCAGAACAGAACCCAGUGCAGGUGAUCGGCAGCUUGGAGACGCUUCCUGAGACACAUGAACACUUACUGCUCAAACCCGACAACCCUCCCAAGCGCAUUAUCAUCGACGAAGUCACACACUAUGCCUACGGCCAAACCGAGGAUAAAAGCAUCGAGCUGUGGGUUGCCGGCAAGGCGGGUUGGUACAAUGUCAUUUCACCGGCCAAGGGCUUCCAACCGACAUACAACCGCAUGGUCCAGGCCAUUGACCUGUUAUAUUUCCUGGUUGAUAAGCACCAACAUGGCAAAAAACAACUCAACCCUUCCUUCCGAAAUCUGUGUGAGCAGUACACCUAUCAUUCAUAUGGCUCGUGUGAAACCCGAGAAGAAGCCGCGGAGAUAUUUUCGAUGCACGCUGCCUUUUUGUUGCGCUGCAUGAUACAGGGUGACGCAGAUGUGGAGUGGAUGAAGACGAGUGUUUUUGUGCACUUACGACGCCAAUUUAACGACGAAUAUAAUCAACUUAUGGAAGAGCUAUCGCCCUCACCUGAAGAGGCUGAACCCAAAGAUGAACCCAAAGUCACUACCCCACGACAUGAGCCAAGUGCGGUCUCAAAAUCACAGACGGAUGCGAUCUACCGACUCAUGAAGGACCUUAAAAAGGAGGGUCAUUUAGCAAAGCGUCGACUUCAUCUUGACCUUUUGACCGAACGCCUGGCAGAGCGCUUCACAUUUAGCAACGAUGACGCCCGAAAGAUCAUAGCGAUCAGGGCCAGUGAUGUGGUUGAAUUAAUGGAUGCCGAAGAUGAUAUACCUGGCUUUAAAUGGUCUCGCUAUGUGAUUCAUCGCGAGCUCACUAAUGCCGCCUCGAAAUCUGCGCCCCUACCGCGUGCCCUCCUCACCCCUCUUCCUAUGGCCGAUGAAUCAAGCGACGAUGAACGCUUUGGUCGGACCCAGAAAUCAGUUCUUCGCCCGAAGGUCUUUUCAGUCUCUAAUAAAGCCACUGGGAAGCGGAAUCGUCUUGCCCAAAGUCAAAAACCAGCGGUUCAAUCCAACGAGGAUGAGGCGGAAGACGAAGACGAGAUGGAAGACAUCCAAUCCAUCGAAACACCCAGCAAAGUUCGGGGCCACGAGUUGAUCAGGAGUCCAUUCUCCGCGACAAAGCCUCGCACCCGCUCAUUCCUAUCCGCCUCAUCUAGUGGCGCCGGCUCCUCUUUGAUGAAGAGUCUAUUUAAAGACAAACUCCAAACCCCUUCCGUCUCUUCAACCAUCCCCCACAAAUUCUCAUCUCCAGAACCAGGCCUAGCACCAACACCAGAUACCCCACAGGCUAGCGAGGAGCCCCCACUAGAUUUAUCCGGCGAAUGGGCCUGUCGCAUGCCCGGAUGUACCACGGUGUUCCUGAUGCCUGACGGAGACGAACGCAGACAACUAAUUGGAACCCACGCCGGCGAACAUGACUGGGAAACGCAGAUGAAGAUCGAGCUGAUGGAACAGGAGAAACGUAUGCAUUCUGCCUUACCUGUCACUCAUCUCAUGCAAUACGUCCUCGACCAGCACGUGCAGACGAUGCGCGACGCAUUCCCACAAUUCUAUACCACGUCCAAAGAAAACGGCACGGGAAGCCCGGCGGCCGUGCAUGGCGAGGAAUCCAUUCCUGAAACAGAUCAGCCUGAUCUCGAAUUCAACGAGGAUGAUCAGGAUCAGGAUGAUGAAGAUGACGAGCUUGAAGAUCUUGCAAAUGGCAUUUCUUGA